GCGCAAAUGCGUGCUACGUCACUAAGCGAUCGGUUUGUGCCUAGCUUGGGGUCUCCUGGCGCCUUGCCGCGUCAGGUUGCUGUGCCCCUGCAUCAGAUGCGCUGUACCCUGCGCUGGCUCCGUGAACCGUAGCGACAACACCGAGACACCCGCGAGGCCGGAAAAUGGACUCAGUGGCUUUUGAGGAUGUGUCUGUGAGCUUCAGCCAGGAGGAGUGGGCUCUGCUGGCUCCUUCACAGAAGAAACUCUACAGAGAUGUGAUGCAGGAAACAUUCAAGAACCUGGCAUCUAUAGGGGAAAAAUGGGAAGACCCGAGUGUUGAAGAUCAACACAAAAACCAAGGACGAAAUCUAAGAAGCCAUAUGGGAGAGAGACUCUGUGAAGGUAAAGAAGGUAGUCAAUGUGCAGAAACCUUCAGUCCCAAUCUCAGUGUGACGAAGAAGACUGCUGGAGUAAAACCAUAUGAAUGUACUAUCUGUGGAAAAGUCUUCAUGCGUCUUUCAUCCCUUACUAGACACAUGAGGUCUCACACUGGAUAUGAGCUAUUUGAGAAGCCAUAUAAAUGUAAGGAAUGUGGGAAAGCCUUUAGUUAUCUCAAAUCCUUUCAAAGACAUGAAAGGAGUCACACUGGAGAAAAACCCUAUAAAUGUAAACAAUGUGGAAAAACCUUCAUAUAUCACCAACCCUUUCAAAGACAUGAGCGGACUCACAAUGGAGAAAAACCCUAUGAAUGUAAGCAAUGUGGAAAAGCUCUUAGUUGUUCCAGUUCGCUUCGAGUUCAUGAAAGGAUUCACACUGGAGAAAAGCCCUAUGAAUGUAAACAAUGUGGGAAAGCCUUCAGUUGUUCCAGUUCUAUUCGAGUACACGAAAGAACUCACACUGGAGAGAAACCCUAUGCGUGUAAGGAAUGUGGGAAAGCCUUCAUUUCCCACACAAGUGUUCUAACACACAUGAUAACACACAACGGAGAUAGACCUUAUAAAUGCAAGGAAUGUGGGAAGGCAUUCAUUUUUCCCAGUUUUUUACGAGUACAUGAAAGAAUUCACACUGGAGAGAAACCCUAUAAAUGUAAACAAUGUGGUAAAGCCUUCAGAUGUUCCACCUCCAUUCAAAUUCAUGAAAGAAUUCAUACUGGAGAGAAGCCCUAUAAAUGUAAAGAAUGUGGGAAAUCUUUCAGUGCACGCGCAGCCUUUCGAGUACACCUGAGAGUGCAUACUGGAGAGAAACCCUAUAAGUGUAAAGAAUGUGAGAAAGCCUUUAGUAGGAUCAGUUACUUUCGAAUACAUGAAAGGACUCACACUGGAGAAAAACCCUACGAAUGUAAAAAAUGUGGGAAAACCUUCAAUUAUCCUCUAGAUUUGCAAAUCCACAGGAGAAAUCACACUGGAGAAAAACCCUAUGAGUGUAAGGAAUGUGCAAAAACCUUCAUUUCUCUCGAGAACUUUCGAAGACACAUGAUCACCCACACUGGAGACGGACCUUAUAAAUGUAGGGACUGUGGGAAGGUGUUCAUUUUUCCUAGUGCAUUACGAACACAUGAAAGAACUCACACUGGAGAGAAACCCUAUGAAUGUAAACAAUGUGGAAAAGCCUUUAGUUGUUCUAGUUACAUUCGGAUACAUAAAAGAACUCACACUGGGGAGAAACCUUAUGAAUGUAAGGAAUGCGGGAAGGCCUUUAUUUAUCCCACAAGCUUUCACGGACACAUGAGAAUGCAUACUGGAGAGAAACCCUAUAAAUGUAAAGAAUGCGGGAAGGCCUUUAGUCUUCACAGUUCCUUUCAAAGACAUGCAAGAGUUCACAAUUGUGAGAAAUCUCUUGAAUGUAAGCAAUGUGGAAAAGCCUUCAGUGUGUCCACAUCCUUAAAAAAACAUAUGAGAAUGCACAAUCGAUAGAAACUAUAAAUGUGAGAAAUAGGGGAAAGUUUUCAAUUCUAACAGAUACUUUCAAAGUUGUGAAAAUUCCCACUGAAGAGAGAAAUCCUAUCAAUGUAAGUAAUAUAGAAAGCGAGAUACAAGAUAAUUCAUGUACAGUCAGGUACCACAUAGUCAUGUUUCAGUCAGCAAUGGACCAUAUAUAGGUUGGUAGCCCCAUAAGAUUAUAUAACACCUAAAACAUUUCUAUCAACUGCAAUUUAGUAGCAGUAGUAACACCAUAGUGCAGCACAUUAUUUAAGUGUUUAUGGUGCUGGUGUAAACCUGCUGCACUUUCAGUUGUAUAAAAGUACAACACAGCGGCCGGGCACGGUGGCUCAUGCCUGUAAUCCCAGCACUUUGGGAGGCCGAGGCGGGUGGAUCAUGAGGUCAGGAGAUUGAGACCAUCCUGAAUAACACAGUGAAACCCCGUCUCUACUAAAAAUACAAAAAAUUAGCCGGACGUGGUGGUGGGCGCCUGUAGUCCCAGCUACUUGGGAGGCCAAGGCAGGAGAAUCGCUUGAACCUAGGAGGUGGAGGUUGCAGCGAGCUGAGAUCUAUCACUACACUCCAGCCUGGGUGACAGAGCGAGACUCCAUCUCAAAAAAAAAAAAAAUUACAGCAUGUAUAAUUAUGUGCAAUAUAUACUUGAUAAUAAAUGGCUAAGUUACUGGUUUAUAUAUUCACAA